UUAAAUAAAAUAUAUUUGAAAAAAAAAGGAAAUACAAAAAGAAAAAAUAUAAAUGAAACAAGAAAGUUAGCAAGAAAGCGAAAACAAUUAACUAAUAAAUAACUAACAUAUUCUAAGGUGAUACGUAAAACGCUAAUAGAAACAAAAUCCGGCAAAAAAAAAAUCGAAAGUUCUCUGCGAUCGAAAGAUAAGGAGAAAAAAAAUAAAUACAGAAAAAUUAAAUUGCAAACUUAACGGUAAAGCGCGCGGAAAAAAGGGCGAAAUUUUUUUUGGUGUCCCUUUUUUUGGUGUUUUUGUUAAAAUUUUUUUUGCUGAGAAAUCCCCCUCAACACUCCCCAACAUUAUCACAAUAUUGACGCAAAAAGUGCGCAACAACACUUGUGAGAACACAACAGCAACAACAACGUAUAAGAUAUAGAGGCGUAUCUAGAAAACUUAACCAAAUUGGAUUACAUUUAAUUGAAUAGACAACCCAACACACUGACAACUGGAUACACACACACAAACACAGCACCAGCGCAACGAUCCAGUAACGGAAUCUAAAAGCUGUCCUAUAAGACAGCUCCAACUCAGGAAAUAUAGACGACAUAUGUAUGUUUUUUAAACCGGACACAAUGGAACUCGAGUACGGAGCCAUUGAAAAAUUGGGAAUGGAUCUGUCCAGCGAUUUCGAUUUCUCGAUGGACAACAGCAUCGGUCAGAUGGAUAUUCUAGAUGAGGAUUUUUUAAUGUUGAACAACGGCCUGCCCCCCAGCAUCGCGAGCGAUCUGGCCAAGAUAACCGAACCCUAUAUGGGCAGCGCCUUCAUCCAUGACGAGGAGGACAUCAAGAGCGGCAUCCGGAAUGCUGACUGCAUGUGGCCGGCGAUACACAAUGGCAGCAAUGCUGCAGCUAUGACCGGCGGUAGCAACAGUGCUGCCUCCUCAUACACAGACACCAUUUCAAUGCCACUGGCAGCAGUAUCCAAUUCACAGAAUCCCUACGAUCUGCAACAACAACAGACGACCAACCAGAUGGUCUAUAUCAAGGAUGAGCCAAUGGAUGAGGUCACCAAUACCACAACUACCACCUACCCGCCAGUCUCAGCAGCGCUAAGGCUCCGUUUGGACGUCAAGCCCGUCCAGCAGACGACAAAUUUGAACGAGGAGUCGAUACCGCCGGGCGGUAGUCUCCUCCGCAAGAGGAACACCCAAGCUAGCGAGUCCCUGUCCAAGUUGAAGGUGCGACCCUGCCUGAGGCCCGAUACACCACACAGCAUGGACGAUGAGGGCAUUAGCAUCCCCGCCUGCAAUCCAUCGGCACCAGAAUUCCUGCACAAUGUCGAUCUUCGCGCCUGUCUCACGGGCAGCAAUAACAUCUCGCUAUCCCCCGAUGGUUUCAAUCAAAUCUGCAUCAAUCAGAUAUGCCAGGAUCUGCAAGGGAAUGGCAAGGGUCAGAUCAAUGUACGAUUCCCGCUGCCGCAGAUCUCCGAUGUCCUUGAGGUGUUGAACAAUCAGGAUCAGUCCAAUAGCACCGAUAUCUAUAAUAAAGGCUCGGUGGCCAUAUCCCCGCCGACCACAAGCUCCGAUUGCGAUUCGGAUGAUGGUAAUUCAUCGAAGAACUGCAUCUUUGGAGCACCGGGACAGCGCCUGAGGAGUCAUCGUGCCCAUGGAUCAGCCUCCUCCAAUAUGAUGCAGCACAUCACCGAUCACAGUUAUACGCGUUGCAACGAUAUGGUCGACGAUGGACCCAGUCUCGAUACACCCUCCGAUUCUGAUGAAGAAAUCGAUGUGGUAUCCUACACGGACAAGAACCUGCCCACGAAUCCCUCGUGUCAUGUCAUGGGCGCCUUACAAUCCAAAAUAUCCGACAAGAUCUCCCGUGACGAUCAGACCAAGAACCAUGAAUACACUCUGCCAUAUACGCCGGCUAGCAGUAGUCCCGUUAAAUCGGUAGCCAACUCCCGUUAUCCCUCGCCCUCGAGCACACCCUACUCGUUUGCAUCCGGACCCGUACAGCACAGCUUUGACUUCCCCAACGUGAACACGAGUAGCUCGAGCAGUUCCAGCAGCUCCAGUUCGAGCUCCAGUUCUGGCUUCGGCAGUGCCACCACCAAUAAUAAUUCAAAGAAUCGCAAGCGUUACUUUGUGAAGGUGAGCAGUGGAAACGGUGCAACAUCGUUGACGAAGGCGGCAUGCCCCCGGGAUGUGAUGGCGACGACGACGGCAUCGGGUAUGAUGGCCAGCAAGAAGUGCCGCGGCAAGAAGACCGGCAGUGCCGGUGAUAGCCAUGAUAUGGUCCUGGUGCGUCAGAACUCGACGGGCAUGUCGGCGGCUGGAUCCCGCCAGCAGCACCAUCAGCACCAGCACCAGCACCACCACCAUCAGCAGCAGCAGGUGCAGCAGCAACAGUACAGCCUGGACGAGGCGGAUACGAUCGAGAAGCGUAACCAGCACAACGAUAUGGAGCGACAGCGUCGCAUCGGUCUCAAGAAUCUGUUCGAGGCACUGAAGAAACAGAUUCCCACCAUUCGGGAUAAGGAGCGGGCACCCAAAGUGAAUAUAUUGCGGGAGGCGGCCAAGCUGUGCGAGCAGCUGACCCGCGAGGAGGAGGAGUUGAGCAGCCAGAAGUUUGCGCUGCACAAGCGUCUCAAGGAGCAGCACGAGAUCCUCGCCAGGCUGAGGGCCAUGAAGCGGGAGAAAGAGACGGCGGUGUCCGUCAGUGGAUAGUCCUGUGUUCCUCGUUCUUAUGACAAGGAGCAGGCUCCCAAUCCUGCGGGAGCGGCGGCGUACCUAGGCUAGCAAGUGCUUAGGAUAUAUUCAGAUAUAUAUAAAUUUUUUUUUUUUACUAGGAUAUAUAUUUUUUUCCUCCAAAAUUUGUCGACUUUUUCAAUCGAUUUUGAUAAUCGAUUUUUUUUUUAAAAUCUUCUAUUUUUUUCGCUCUUGACCUUAAGCGUUUGUUUAACUUUUUUUUUUUAUUUUUUGCUCUAAUUUCUUAUUGAACUUCAAUAUCAGUUGGUAGGCUAUGUUAAGGAUUUAUAUUUUAGGAAUUUUUUUUCGGGCUUGCUUUUAUUAUAUUCGUAUAAUAUACCUCCCUUCCCCCCAGACUACACAAGUGAUUUAACUAAAAAAAAAAAAAGCAACAAAAAAAUUUGAUUUCUUUAAUGUGAUAUAUAUGAUUUUCUUAACCAGCGAUUUAAAACCGAAAAAACUAAAAACAAUCAUGGAAAGAAUAUUUAAGGACAGACUCUUUUUGAUAUGAAAUCAAGUUGAAGUUUAAUUUUUUUUUUUUUCAUUAAAUAUAAUAUAUUUUUUUGUUUGCUGCUUACUAUUUUUUUUUAUAGGGUUUAGCUUUUAGGGUUAAGGCCUCCUGUAUAUAACACACGUAUAUAUAUAUAUAUUU